AUGGCGGUCCAGGUUUUGGAGAUCUUGGUAACGGGCUUCCUUUUCCUCUCGGUGGUGUUCGCUAUUGGUUGCGUGCCCAUAUACUAUGUGAAAAAGCGGUCAUCAAUGAUGGGUGAACAAGUGUAUCUGACGAUGCUUUCGCUGUUUGGCGUUGGAAUGCUGUUAGGGACUGCUAUUAUGCUCGUUAUUCCUGAAGGAAUAGAAGCGUGUCUCGAAAACCGUGGAAAUGUAGGAAUUAACCUGUUGAUUGGGUUUUUAGUCGUUUACUGUUUGGACCAGGCCGCGUCAGUUUUGGGGAAUAUGUCAAACCAGCAGCGCAGGGUGUCAAAUUAUAGCUUUCCACAGAUGUCAGGGGCGGAAGUCACUAGUAUCAAAGAUGUUUUGAAUCCCAAGAAAAUCGUUUCGUCGGUUUUCAGAAAUCAGGUUGUGUUUGCACUCGUAGUUCAUGGAUUUUCAGACGGGUUGGCAAUGGGUGCUUCCACCAAUAACGAUUCUCUGAAAAUUGCCACUUUGAUAGCCAUCGUAAUACACAAAAUUCCAGCAGUCCUAUCUUUGAGCAGCUUAAUGGUCACAAAGCAGAACUUGCCAACUUGGGAAGCGGUCUCAAAUUUGCUGGUGUUUGCUGCUUCUACGCCGCUCGCUUACCUUUUGAUCUCCCUCAUCAACUUAGGGACUUGGGGUCCCAUGGAGUGGAUAAGCGGAAACAUUCUACUCAUGAGUGGAGGAAGUCUAUUAUAUGCCGGAGUUAGCGCUUUGCUAGGUAAUCAUCGACACAGCCCGAACCAUCCUUUGGAUCCAACCGAAGCUGUUGUUCCGGACUUCAAUGGUAGCUCAGGAAGUUACGACUUGCUUCCCAAAGAUAUGACUCCCUUUGAGGUCAUUGAAGCGCCGGGAUCAUUGAAAUCCACUCCGCUACCGUAUGGCGAAACUGCCUACGUCUUAGCUGGUGUGAUCAUUCCUGUUGUAGUCUCUUAUUUGAUACGGGAGAAGUCUUAG